CACAAAGCCUUCCCUCUCCACGUACUCUCGUCGAGCGAUGCUUCUUCUGAUAGCUGCACAUUGCCUUCACCUUCUCAUCCAAUGGAUUGACUCACUUUUGGAUUAUCUUCUAUACCUCCAACGAUGGCUGGUGGUCAAAGCAGAAGCGAGCGCGAUCCGAUUGCAAAAAGAACAGACCUUCGCUCGGCUUGCUCCUGAUUCCGCAAUGGAGGAUGAGUCAGGCAGCGAAUCAAUGGCCACCGUUGAGUCCCUCUCUCCAGACACUUCUGUUGCAGGAAGUGCGGCUAGCUCGCCCGACUUUCAGAUUUACGCGCUUCCAUCCACAACAGAAGGAAACACCGAAGCAAGGCGUGGACCGAACCUCGUUUCUGGGGCAUCACAAAUCCGCACCUUUGCGCUCGUCAUUGCGAUCGACGAGUACCACCAUCAAUCUUUCAAGAAGCUUUCUGGCUGUGUCCUCGACGCCCAAGACUUCACAAAAUUCCUCAUUAGCACCCGCGGCGUCCCCGAGCAGCACAUAUACACGCUCACGAAUGGACAAGCGACGCGCAUCGCGAUCCUUAACGCGAUCAAAGACCUCAUCGCCAAUCCUAGCAUCAAGAAGGACGACUUGAUCUUCUUCUACUAUGCUGGACAUGGGUCUCGUCGAUCGGCGCCCAAGGGCUGGGUCCCAGAUGGGCGAAAGAUCGAGAUGAUUUGCCCGUGCGACGAGCGUAUGCCGUCGGAUGGCGGCGGGAAGGUCGAGGGCAUCCCGGAUCUGACGUUCGACGCACUCAUGAGGAAAUUAGCGCAUGCGAAGGGUGACAAUAUAAUCGCGAUCUUCGACUGUUGUCAUUCCGGCGGAAUGGGCAGGCAGGGUUUGGACGGAACGCCUCGCGCGCUCUCGGACGAACACACUCACAUCCCGCUCCCUGCGACGCUUGACGAAGACAUCCGGAUCUGGUGCGACGAUGUUAAACCGACGGGUCGCGGUGCAGAGCUUCGGACCCCUACUGGCUUUCUCUGGCCCGCGAUGCACUCACACAUCCUCCUGGCGGCUUGUCGCGUAGACGAGACUGCGAUAGAGAACCGCGUCACUCUGUCUUCCAAAGGAUCCAUCACCGUGACGCGCGGCCUGUUCACACUUCACCUCCUGACGUUUCUCCGAAAAGCGCACACCGAUCAGAAACUGCUUGCUCAGCUCACUUACGCGGACUUGCCUGGGCGUCUGGAGAAGGAGAGCCCGGAUACUGCUAAACUCUAUGGCAGGGCGUUACUGGACAAGCAACAUCCCGUUUGCGAGGGCCAGAACAGGGAUCGCUUGCUGUUCAGUCUCACUAGCGGCGGACAGGGCGAACCUAGCUACGCAGUCGUGCGUAGCGGAGGCAAGAUCUGGGUGGAGGCUGGCAGUAGUGUCGGUAUCAGGAAGGGUACACGCUUCGCCGUAAACACCGCAACUGGAGCUGACGGCGCACCUCGCAAGGGCGGCGUCACCGUCUUGCAGGCGGACGACGUGCAGAGCGACCUCUGUCGGUGUACGGUGAUGCAAGACACAGACAACCCGCCCGCUCAUCUUACGGAGGGUAUUCGAGCAACCGUAGUGCGCUGGUCCCCGGAGGCAAUGAGAGUCUGGGCCCCGGGACUACGGCUGCCGGUUGGGACGGCAGUGCCGUUCGCCUUCUCCCUGGUUUCAGACAAGCAGAAGUGCGACAUCUCUCUCGAACUUGACAAAGUUAAGACCAGAUGGGUCUUGACACGUUUCGACCCCCUCACAAUACAAUAUGCGAGCUCGAAGAGUCUGUCGCUGGAUGCGAACGUGACGCGCGCAACGGACAUCCUCGAGCACGUUGCGCACUGGAACUUCCACAUGUACCGAACGAGUGAUGCCAGCAAGACCGAUAGUCUAAGACAACAACUCCGGGUCAAGGUGGAGUUGCAUCGUCUGGAGGAAGCCGGCCACGUGGACAGUAUCCGAUCUCUCUUGGUUCCUCAUGGCGUUGAUCUACUCAAGGGCGCAACACAAAUGUCAUUGGCGCGCGACUCCACUUCACUGUACGCGCUGGAGGACCCAGUGAUGGAGGCGACAAUCCAAGACUUGAAGCCAUACUAUGGUCUGAAAGUGAAGAACGAAUCUGAUCACGCUCUCUUCGUUUACGUCUUCUACUUCGACCCAAACCACUGCGGAAUUCAGAAAUGGUAUCCACCCGAUGGGUACAGUGCCAAAGAUUGGCAGCCCUUAGCUAAGAAGGCUCGAGAAGGCAACGUGUUGACCAUCGGUUAUGGUGACGGUGGGACAGACCCCAUUGAGUUCAGCAUUAAACACGGCGACCGGGACACUGGAUUUUUGAAGAUAUUUUUAUCGAUGUCCCAGGUCGACAUGGAGUUCAUUCGGCAGGCUCCUCUCACCGAGCAACGUCCGGCUCGCGUAGUGGGCCCUCGGGCUCGCCCAAUGUCACCCAAAUGGAAUAGCUUGAUGUACGCUCUGACUUGCGUACGUUAGCAUCGCAUCGGCGGGGGCCCAUUCCGAAUAUGCCAAACAUCGCUAUCGGGGCAAUAUUCUGUGUUUCUGCUCCGGCUUCCAAAAUAUGGAAUGACCCACGAACACAUGCCAGUGAUUGCUCAAGCAGCGGCUGGAAUUUCUGGCGACUAUUUGGAAAGCGUGAUCGGCACGAAAUGCACACGCAAUCCCGUUCGUGUCGAGGGCUGCGGCGCUUCAGGACUCGUAAUCGCUCGAUGUUUACUUUGCGACAGGUGUUGU